GCGCCCCCGCGGCGCCAGGCCGUGGACCUCUCCGGGAUGCAGGGCGGCCGGGUUGAGGCGAGUCAGUUCGCACGCGGCUGCGCAGAGCGGCUGAGGAGCAUCGAGGCCCGCCUCGACUACUCGUGCGGCAGCCGCUGGCAAGGGCAGCUCAGUGUGUGCGACGACCUGCCGAGUGUCGCUCGGCUGCUGCUGCCGCUGCAGGUGCGGUGCGGCGCGCUGCUCGCCGGGUCGGACAGCGGAUGGCUCGAGAGCCUCGCUGCGAUGAGCGCCGCCGAGCUCGAGACGCAGAGCUCCGAGCUGACGCGGAUGGUGACGGGCCGGCUGAAUGAGCUCGACAGGGCGGUCCCGCCGGUGCGCAAGCCGUCCGAGAUCCUGGGCGAGGUGGUGUUCAAGCAGUUCAAGGGGCACGGCACCUUCCUCGGCACCGUCAUCGAGUUCGACCAGCAGACCGGCUUCCGCCUCCAGUACGACGACGGGGACACCGAGGACGUCUCUUGGAACGACCUCCGCACGAUGAUGAUGCCGCGCGGGACGGGAGAGGCGAUGCCCCCCGCACCCAAGGAGCGAGGGGAGCGGCCGCCCACGACGCCAGGCACGCCGAGUGGCGGCGGCGGCGGCGGCGGCGGCGGCGGCGGCGGGGGUGGUGGCGGUGGCGGCGGUGGCGGCGGUGGGGGGGGCGGCGGCGGUGGCGGCGAGGGUGAGGGCGGCGACGGCGCGGCGGGCGGCGGCAAGGAGGAGAAGAAGAAGACAGCGAACGAGACGCCCGCCUCGCUGCCUCCCGGGUGGACGGUGGAGGUGCGCGGGCGCAGCACCGCCUACGUGUCUCCCGACGGGAUGACGCACUUCUCGACGCUUGCGAAGGUCCAGCGGUACCACAAGCAACAGAUGGCGCUCGCGGAGCGCUUCCAGCAGCAGCAGCAGCGACACGCCGAGGCGAAGAAGCGCGAGAAGGAGAAGGAGGCGCUCGAGCAGAAGCAAAAGCAAAAGCAGGGGGGCGCGAGCGGCG